CGCAGUGCGUCGCUCCUCCUGUGGCGGAAGUGUCUGCAGACAACCGGAGGACCGUCGCCCUGCUCGGUGGACUGAAGUUAGACCGUCGCCCUGCUGGAGUUCCCCAGUCGCCCUGCCACCCUGCUCGACAGACUGAACUCCUCUCGGCUCCUCCACCUCCUCCACCUCCUCCUGGUUCCCCCGCCGGAGACAUGAGGCGGAAAGAGAAGCGUCUGUUGCAGAUCGUUGGGCUGUUGGUGGCGGCUCUACUCUUCGUGCCUAACGUGGGUCUCUGGUCCUUGUAUAAAGACCGGGUGUUUGACAGCACGGACCCCGUGGAAGGACCGGCUGGCGUCCCCCAAAUCCAGGUGGUGAACCGCGGGGACCCAGUGGAGGCGCAGGACGGGGUGCGGCGGAGAGACUGGCACGACUACAACACCAUCAGAAGGGAUGCUGCACGCUCUGGUAAUGGCGAGCAGGGGAAGGCGUUCCCCCUGACGGACGGCGACCGGGUGGACCAGGCCUACCGCGAGAACGGCUUCAACAUCUUCGUCUCGGACCGCAUCUCCCUCAACCGCUCCCUGCCGGACAUCCGACACCCCAACUGUAAGAGUAAGCUGUACUCGUCCCGUCUCCCUAACACCAGCAUCAUCAUCCCGUUCCACAACGAGGGCUGGUCCUCUCUGCUGCGCACCGUCCACAGCGUCCUGCUCCGGUCCCCCCCCCAGCUCCUCGCCGAGGUCAUCCUGGUGGACGACUACAGCGACAAGGAGCACCUGAAGGCAGCGUUGGAGGACUACAUGGCUCGUCUCCCGAAGGUUCGGAUUUUGCGGAAUAAGAAGAGGGAGGGGCUUAUUAGGACACGCCUCCUGGGGGCGGCGGCAGCAACGGGUGAGGUCAUCACCUUCCUCGACUCCCACUGUGAGGCCAACGUCAACUGGCUGCCCCCCUUACUGGACCGCAUCGCUCAGAACCGCAAGGCCAUCGUGUGUCCGAUGAUCGACGUGAUCGACCACGACAACUUCGGCUACGAGACGCAGGCGGGCGACGCCAUGAGGGGGGCCUUCGACUGGGAGAUGUUCUACAAGCGCAUCCCCAUCCCUGCCGAGCUGCAGAACCAGGACCCCAGCGAGCCCUUCCAGUCACCUGUGAUGGCAGGAGGUCUGUUUGCGGUGGACAGGAAGUGGUUCUGGGAGCUGGGAGGAUAUGACACGGGUCUGGAGAUCUGGGGGGGGGAGCAGUACGAGAUCUCCUUCAAGGUGUGGAUGUGCGGGGGUCUGAUGGAGGACAUCCCGUGCUCCAGAGUGGGUCACAUCUACAGGAAGUACGUUCCUUAUAAGGUCCCAGGAGGAGUCAGCCUGGCCAGGAACCUGAAGCGCGUGGCGGAGGUGUGGAUGGACGAGUACGCCGAGUUCAUCUACCAGCGGCGGCCGGAGUACCGCCACCUGUCGGCGGGCGACACCAGCCAGCAGAAGGAGCUGCGUGCCCGGCUGGGCUGCAAGGACUUCAAGUGGUUCAUGAGCCAGGUGGCCUGGGACCUGCCCAAGCACUACCCCCCCGUGGAGCCCCCUGCUGGGGCCUGGGGAGAGAUCCGUAAUGCGGGCAGCGGGAUGUGUCUGGAGAGUAAGCACCUCUCCUCCGGGAGCCCCCUCCGCCUGGAGGGCUGUCUGAAGGGGAGGGGCGACAUCAGCUGGGGCCACGGACAGGUGUUCACCCUGGGCUGGAGGGAGGACAUCCGGGUUGGCGACCCGAUCCACAGUAAGAAGGUGUGCUUCGACGCCGUGUCCCACAGCAGCCCCGUCACGCUGUACAACUGCCACGGCAUGAGGGGCAACCAGCUGUGGCGCUACCGCAAGGACCGGAGUCUGUACCACCCGGUCAGCAACAGCUGUGUUGACAGCAGUCCGUCGGAGCACCGCGUCUUCAUGAGCACCUGCAGCGCCUCCUCCCCCAGCCAGCAGUGGCUGUUUGAGAAGACCAACGCCACGGUGCUGGACCACUUCAACCCGGGAGCGGACUAGGACCCCGCCGGACCGGGACCUGGCCCUGCUCCAGAAUACAGUCUAGAACCUCCUCAUGCGUCACACAUUCUGGCCUUCGACCAACACGUAGCGCAGACUUUAUGAUGUACACCCUGCAGUUCACACAUUAUAAUAUACACCCUGGUUAGAGAAUAGAGUCUAAAACAGAAUCCAUCAACCAAUGGAUUACCAGUUGGAUCAAUGGGGAGUGUUAGAAACGGCAAGUUUAUUCGGCUUCACCUCACCUCCACCAUGGACACCAAGUGGUGAUUCAGGUUAAUCAAUAGCUCCUCCCACUAUAAAAAGAGGCUACUUUCUAACAGGGAGGAUCCUAAACCCUUACUGGAAGAUUAAGAUGAUCAACGACUGGAUUACUGUACUGAGAACAAAAGUCUUUACAGCUCUCUCUCGCUCUCUCUCUCUCUCUCUCUCUCUCUCUCUCUCUCUCUCUCUCUCUCUGUCUCUCUCUCUCUCUCUCUCUCUCUCUCUCUCUCUCUCUCUCUCUCUCUCUCUCUCUCUCUCUCUCUCUGAGUUAAACACAUCCUGACACCCAUGAGAGGAGCGAGUCAGACUGAUGCAGCAAAGACUUGCAGACACAGUGAGGAGACACACAUGCACACACACGCACUCAUGCCCACAUACACACACGCUAGAGCUCCACACAAGAACAGGGACAAUCUGUCAGGCUGCUCGCUGAUGAUGUCGUGAAAGGGGGGCCGAGGGCUAAAUGAGGAUGGGGAUAAAUUGGCGUGGAUGUAAAUAAGGAUGACAUCAUGUUGAAAUGAUAUCAUGUUGAGGUGAUGUGAUGACGACAUGUUGAAACGAUGUGACGACAACAUGAUGAAAUGACGACGAGGUAAAACGAUGUGAUCGCAUCACGUUUAAAUGAUCAUGACGUCGUGUGAAUAUGGUAUCCUUCAUGUUAAAUCGAAAACACCACGUCGUGUCAAAACAUAGUGCUUACGACACUUUAAAUAACGAUGACAUCAUGUUAAUAUGAGGUAGUUCGUAGAGCAGGAAGGACUUGUGACCACAAGCUAAACGCAGUGCCUUGAUCUCGACCCGAGCUCCAGCUCUGACCGCUCAGCUGGAGGUCUCUUUGGGAAAUUUGAAUAUUUGCUAUAAAAUAUUGUCUUUGAGACCCAAUUCCAUACGUCGACUAGUUUAGAGUCCGACCGCAACGUUGUCCUUCCUUUCAAAGUUAAGUUCUGCCCUUUUCUAAAAAAAGUGGUCUGUUCACGUCUUAUAUCUGUGUUACAUGUCAAAGUAGAACAUGUCUAACAUGUGUACUACAUGUCUAACAUGUGUACUACAUGUCUAACAUCAAUAUUACAUGUCUAACAUCUGUAUCACAUGUCUAACAUCUGUAUCACAUGUCUAACAUGUGUACUACAUGUCUAACAUGUGUACUACAUGUCUAACAUCAAUAUUACAUGUCUAACAUCUGUAUCACAUGUCUAACAUGUGUACUACAUGUCUAAAAUGUGUAGGCGUUCAGUCAUCAGUAGGGUUUUAUCUGUCUAAUGUAUUUAUGUUAUGUCUCUAAAGUUCCUAUUAUUUGCUUUUAAGCUGCUGUAGAUAAGAUUUGAGCAUUGUAAAGAGAGAGAUUAGAAGAGAGCCAGAUUCUGAAACUAAACAACCAAAAAUUGUCCCCACCCUCACUAUGUUUCUCCUCCAGUAAGAAUUGCUGCAUUUCAAACACCUGUGAUGGACAGGCUAGAAGGAUACAGUGAACCAAUCAGUAAAGAGAUGUCCCGAUUGGUCAGAAAAUAUCCAGGAGCGAGCUAAAGUUGAAAUGUGCUCCUCCUUCGAACCUUUGGUUGUAGGAGGAUGACCAUACCAGUUUGGGCCAAUCAGAUGGUGCUUGAGCUGUGAUUGGGUUGAUCUUUGGACUGGUAGAGUGGAUGGAUGGUUCGUUGGACCAAAGGCUGGUCAACGGAAGCGAGGCAACUCAACCUUUAAGAGCAGCUGACCGGGUCAGACCGACUCAGAACAGAUAUUCUCGCGGCCCAAUUGACUCACUAACAGCUGACUGAUGGCUUUGACCUUUUCUAACAAAGGACUCACCACUGACGGCUUUGAUCUCUUCCUACGGCACCUUUAGGGCUCAUGUUAGGUCUUUUAGGUUAAUUUGAUGUAUGCUCAUGUAAUGUUUUGAAUGUUAUUACUUUUUUGUUCAUUGAUGUUGUCCACUGGAAUCAUAAUCAACUCCAUAUUUACGGCCAAGAGGUCUUUGCACUAUCUCUCCUCUUCAGUGAUGUUUGAUCAGUUGUCAGUCACAAAACGUUCUGCAGCGACCUCCAUGCAUAGAGAGGGUUUUGUUGGGUAAAUAAUAUGCAGUCAUGGUAGAGGGUUGUCUUUGGCUAUGCUGGUAUGGAAGCUACAUUAGUGUCUACGCUUGUAUGAAAGCUACGUUAGCUUCUACACUGCCAUGGAAGCUAUGUUAGCAUCUGAACCGCCUGUGUUUUAUGUUAAUUGAAAGUGUUAAUAUGGGGCCAACUUUGUCUUCCUAGAAUAAUCAAAGGAAUCUUUUCAUGCAUUGAUGCUUGCAGCUUUUAGCAUGGUAGUUUACAGAUGCCACCGGACAAGCUGAUAUCAGUGUGGUAGUUAGCAGAGGCCAUGCUAGCUGAUAUCAGUGCCAUGCUAGCUGAUAUCAGGGUGGUAGUUACCUGGGGGCGGGACCUCAUUUGGGGUCGCUGGUAUGCAGACAGCUGAUUUAUAAGCUAAACAUAUUUGAUGAUACAUUUUUGAUUGGAAAAAUGGUUUGAAAGAUCUGAAAGGUCUUACACACAAACACUGCCUAGUGAUUCGUAGUCCAGAGCAAACGACUAGCCGGCUAACCCCUACUAAAUCCUUAGUGACCUACUAAUAGCUGAGUGAACUAGGACUAAUCCCCGGUGAUGUUCACUGGAACAUCGGGAUGAGGGGCAGAUGUUGAGCGAAACGAUGUGUGGAAGCUGUAGCGCAACGAUGUAGGAUAACAUUUCAAAACCUAAAGUCUGGGGGUCUAGAUAUAUAUGUGUAUAUCUAUAUCUAUAGAUAUAUAACUAUAGUGGUUUAAUAUAGAUAUAAUAUAGUGUGUUAUAUAUAAUACACUAGAAGUGAUAUAUAUUAUAGUGUAUUAUAUAUAUAUAAUACAGUGUAUUAGACAUAUUUUACGCAAUGUAUACGAAGUUCAUGCUCCUUAACUUUGUGUAUUUCCACACUUCCAAGUCAUUCGCGGGGGAGACUCUGUGUCCGUCGAUUGUUUUUCUAAAUGUUUGGGUUUCAAAUCUUUCUUUGAACGUUUUGACACAACCUUGUGGUGAAUAAUUGUUCCUGAUGAAAAUUGUGAAGACGAUGCAAGAAAUGAUUUCUAAUGUUCAUGGCCAGCGGUCAGAGAAGUGUACAUUUUGUAUCUGAUUAAAUAGAUGUAUUUUUUUCUACUGAACAUGCAAUUGUAAAAGUGUAUUUAGUUAUGGAACAUGCUGAUGAACUAAUCUGAGAUGGCAUGAUAGUUUUGCCUAUUGUGUAAAUAAAAAGGUUUCUAUAUUUGGAA